UUGAGCAGCAAUUUGUUGUUCGUUUUGCAUUUUUUGCUGACGGAGUUGGGGAAAGAGACGAGAUGGCGCGACAAAUGACGUCAUCUCAGUUCCACAAAUCAAAGACUCUCGACAACAAAUAUAUGCUGGGGGAUGAGAUUGGUAAAGGUGCUUAUGGUCGAGUUUAUAUAGGAUUAGACCUGGAGAAUGGAGACUUUGUGGCCAUUAAACAAGUCUCAUUGGAAAACAUUGUUCAAGAGGAUCUUAACACCAUAAUGCAAGAAAUCGAUCUGUUGAAGAACUUGAACCAUAAAAACAUUGUCAAGUAUCUUGGGUCUUUGAAGACAAAGACUCACCUUCACAUUAUUCUGGAGUACGUUGAGAAUGGCUCUCUUGCAAACAUUAUCAAACCAAACAAAUUUGGACCUUUCCCAGAAUCGUUGGUGACUCUUUACAUUGCGCAGGUCUUGGAAGGUUUGGUAUAUCUGCAUGAGCAGGGUGUCAUACAUCGUGAUAUCAAAGGAGCAAAUAUUUUGACAACGAAGGAGGGCCUUGUGAAGCUUGCUGACUUUGGAGUUGCCACUAAACUAAACGAGGCUGAUGUCAACACUCACUCAGUGGUUGGAACUCCUUACUGGAUGGCUCCUGAGGUUAUUGAAAUGUCAGGAGUUUGUGCUGCUUCUGACAUUUGGAGUGUUGGUUGCACUGUUAUCGAACUUUUGACUUGUGUACCUCCUUACUAUGAUCUGCAGCCCAUGCCAGCCCUCUUUCGUAUUGUUCAGGAUGAUAGCCCUCCUAUUCCUGAUAGUCUUUCUCCAGAUAUUACAGACUUCCUACGACAGUGCUUCAAGAAGGACUCUAGGCAGAGGCCUGAUGCGAAGACACUGCUCUCUCACCCUUGGAUACGAAACUCUAGACGAGCAUUGCAGUCAUCACUGCGGCAUAGUGGAACCAUCAGAUAUAUGAAGGAAGGCGUUUCAAGUUCAGAAAAGGAUGGUGAAGGUAGUCAAGAUGUAGCUGAGAGCCUUUCAGCAGAAAAAGUGGGGAUGUCAAAAACUAACUCGAAAAGCAAAUUACCUGUGGUAGGUGUGGCGAGUUUUAGGUCUGAGAAAGAUCAGCCUUCACCCAGUGAUCUUGGUGAAACGGAUUCCGAAGAUGAUCUUAUGUCAGAUCAAGUUACUACGUUGUCUAUCCGUGAUAAGUCUUCUCUUCAAUCUGGUACUUGCAGUGUUUCUUCGGAUGCAAAAGGGACAUCCCAAGAUGGGAAUUCUGAACAUGAUGAAAUACCUGAAGGUAGAAGAAAUAUUUUAGCAACAAAGCAGGUUGGAAAAGAAUGUUCCAUCCAGGUGGAUCAGAAAUCACAUAGUUUUGGCCAAAAAGGUGAAGAUCUUGUGCUUCGAAAGGCUGUGAAGACACCAUCUAGUUUUUCUGGGAAUGAACUGACAAGAUUUAGUGAUCCUCCUGGGGAUGCUUGUUUGCAUGAUUUGUUUCAUCCAUUGGAUAAAGUUUCUGAGGGAAAACCAAAUGAAGCCUCAACAUCGACGCUUAUGUCAAAUGUCAACCAGGGUGAUUCUCCUGUCGCAGAUGGUGGAAAGAAUGAUCUGGCAACAAAACUGAGGGCUAGAAUUGCUCAGAAGCAAAUGGAGGGUGAAACGGGGCAUUCAAAUGAUGGUGUUGAUCUUUUCCGCUUAAUGAUGGGCGUUUUGAAAGAUGAUGUUAUUGACACUGAUGGCUUGGUAUUUGAUGAAAAAGUGCCCGCGGAGAAUCUUUUUCCUCUUCAGGUAGUCGAGUUUAGCAGAUUGGUGAGCUCCUUAAGACCAGAUGAAUCCGAAGAUGUGAUAGUAACUUCCUGUCAGAAACUUGUUGUCAUGUUUCGUCAAAGAUCUGAGCAGAAAUCAGUAUUUGUGACACAGCAUGGUUUCCUCCCUCUAAUGGAUCUACUCGAUAUUCCUAAAUCUCGAGUAAUAUAUGCCGUUCUGCAGCUGAUAAACGAAAUUAUAAAAGAUAACACCGACUUCCAGGAAAAUGCCUGUCUCGUUGGUCUCAUUCCUGUGGUAAUGAGUUUUGCUGAUCCUGAGAGAGAUCAUUCUCGAGAAAUUCGCAAGGAAGCAGCCUACUUUUUGCAGCAGCUUUGUCAGUCAAGCCCCUUGACAUUGCAAAUGUUCAUAGCUUGCCGUGGAAUACCCGUUUUGGUGGGAUUUCUGGAAGCAGAUUAUGCCAAAUACAGGGAGAUGGUUCACUUAGCUAUUGAUGGGAUGUGGCAGGUAUUUAAACUCAAAAGAUCCACCCCGAGAAAUGGUUUCUGCCGUAUAGCUGCAAAGAAUGGAAUUCUUCUUAGGCUGAUCAACACUCUUUAUAGCUUAAAUGAGGCAACUCGACUGGCAUCUACUUCAGGGGGCGCAUUGACUGUGGAUGGUCAAACUCCACGAGCGCGCUCUGGUCAACUUGAUCCUAACAAUCCUAUCUUUAGUAAGCAUGAGACUUCACUGAGUGUGAUUGAUCAUCCUGAUGUGUUGAAAACUAGGCAUGUGGAUGGUGAAGAGCCUUCUCGUGCUUCAACUUCAAAUUCUCAAAGAUCAGAUGUCCAUCAAACAGAUGCUGACAGGCCUAGAUUAAGCAGUGUUGCACCAGAUGCCACAGAAGAUGUUAAACAACAGCAGAGAAUAUCUCUCUCUGCCAAUAGAACAUCGACAGAUAAGCUUCAGAAACUGGUGGUGGAGGGUGCGUCUAAUGGUUUUCCUGUAACUCAGCCAGAACAAGUCCGACCUUUGCUUAGCUUGUUGGAGAAAGAACCCCCUUCAAGACAUUUUUCUGGCCAACUGGAUUACGUAAAGCACAUCACUGGCAUAGAGAGACAUGAAAAUAGGCUUCCUCUUUUGCAUGCAUCAAACGAGAAAAAACCCAAUGGAGACCUAGGUUUUCUGAUGGCCGAAUUUGCAGAGGUCUCUGGACGUGGAAAGGAAAACGGAAAUCUUGAUACUACACCUAGAUAUUCCAGUAAAACGAUGACAAAGAAGGUUAUGGCUAUUGAAGGAGUCGCUUCUACGGCUGGGAUUGCAUCUCAGACAGCAUCUGGUGUACUAUCAGGUUCGGGUGUUCUAAAUGCUCGAUCUGGAAGUGCCACAUCAUCUGGUUUACUUGCUCAUAUGGUCUCUACGCUGAGUGCAGACGUCGCAAGGGAAUACUUGGAGAAAGUGGCUGAUCUGCUUCUUGAAUUUGCUCGAGCUGAUACGAUGGUAAAGUCAUACGUGUGCAGCCAAAGCUUACUUAGUCGUCUUUUCCAGAUGUUCAACCGUGUAGAACCUCCUAUCCUGUUAAAGAUACUGCAGUGUACCAAUCAUUUAUCCACUGAUCCAAAUUGCUUGGAGAAUCUUCAGCGUGCAGAUGCAAUUAAGCACUUGAUCCCCAACCUUGAGCUUAAGGAUGGGCAUCUUGUUUAUCAGAUCCAUCAUGAGGUACUUAGUGCACUAUUCAACCUGUGCAAGAUAAACAAGAGGAGGCAGGAACAAGCCGCUGAAAAUGGAAUCAUACCGCACUUGAUGCUGAUCAUCAUGUCGGAUUCUCCUCUGAAACAAUAUGCAUUGCCACUACUAUGUGAUAUGGCUCAUGCAUCUCGGAAUUCAAGAGAGCAGUUAAGGGCACAUGGCGGUCUAGAUGUUUACCUGAGUUUGCUCGAUGAUGAAUAUUGGUCCGUGAUAGCCUUAGAUUCAAUUGCUGUUUGCUUGGCGCAAGACAAUGACAACCGCAAGGUGGAGCAGGCGUUGCUCAAGAAAGAUGCAAUUCAGAAAUUAGUCAACUUCUUCCAGAGCUGUCCAGAGAGACAUUUUGUUCACAUUUUGGAGCCAUUCUUGAAGAUUAUCACGAAAUCAUCUCGAAUCAAUACAACUUUAGCUGUAAAUGGAUUGACUCCUUUACUAAUUUCAAGGCUAGACCACCAAGAUGCGAUUGCUCGGCUUAACCUCCUGAAACUCAUAAAGGCUGUUUACGAGCACCAUCCAAGGCCCAAACAGCUCAUCGUAGAGAAUGAUCUACCUCAGAAACUGCAGAAUCUGAUUGAAGAACGACGAGAUGGACAACGUUCGGGAGGCCAAGUUCUGGUGAAGCAAAUGGCAACAUCUCUCCUCAAAGCACUUCACAUCAACACCGUCUUGUGAGCGAGUCCAAGACCACCCUCUGCCUUUGGACUGUACAUUUAAUCCCAUUUUUUGCAGGAAGAAUUCACCCAAAGUGUAUAUUCUUCUUCUUCUUUUCCAUUCACACAAGUUUUGUAAAUGUUGCGUUGUGUGGCUCUCUUGUAUUUUUUAGCCCCUCGAGAGAUGCCAACACUUCUGGUUUCUGUAAUAGAUUCCUAUAUUUUUUGUCUGUGGUAAUAUUUCCUAAUGUG